CUCCCGGCGCCCCCCGCGCGGGUCGUGACGUAACUUCCGGCGCGUCCGGGCCGAGGCGGAUCGAGGCCGCGGAGCCUCCGGGGCGGGGGGGCCCAGCGGGGCCGGGCGGGGCAGGCCCUGACCAUGUCGGAUGGGAUCAUGAGCAAAGCCGCCACCAUGGAGAUCCCCAUCAGCAGCAACGGGGACGCCGGCAGCCUGCCCGAAGAUGACGGCCUGGAGCAGGACCUGCAGCAAGUGAUGGUGUCGGGGCCCAACCUCAACGAAACCAGCAUCGUGUCUGGUGGCUACGGGGGAACCGCUGAAGGCAUCAUCCCCACCGGCACCAUCAAAGCCCCUCCAUUUCCAGGCUGUCUUGUCCAACCUCACUCACCCCGAGGACCAUCCAUCUCCCCCAGUGCAUCUGCCGCCAGCAGGAUGGCCAGCCAGGCUGGUGCUUCAGCAGGCUCUGGGCUUCACCAGCCUCAUCCCAGCCCACCGGUCGGAGGGGAGGAGGUUGUUCGCGGCAUCGCUGUGGAGAAGUUUGACAUUGUCAAGAAAUGGGGCAUCAACACAUACAAGUGCACCAAACAGCUGAUCUCAGAGAGGUUUGGCCGGGGCUCCCGCACGGUGGACCUGGAGCUGGAGACACAGAUUGAACUGCUCCGGGAGACAAAGCGCAAGUACGAGUGUGUGCUGCAGCUUGCACGGGCUCUCACCAACCACUUCUACAGCCUGGUGCAGACACAGCAUGCCCUGGGGGAUGCCUUUGCGGACCUCAGCCAGAAAUCUCCUGAGCUGCAGGAGGAGUUUGGUUACAACGCAGAAACACAGAAACUGCUUUGCAAGAAUGGUGAAACACUACUGGGAGCUGUUAACUUCUUUGUAUCCAGUAUCAACACGCUGGUAAAUAAGACCAUGGAGGACACGCUCAUGACAGUUAAGCAGUACGAGACAGCCAGGCUGGAGUAUGAUGCGUAUCGCACAGACCUGGAGGAGCUGAGCAUGGGCCCCCGGGAUGCCAGCACCCUGUGCCGGCUGGAUGCAGCGCAGAGCCAGUUCCAGAGCCACAAGGACAAGUAUGAAAAGCUGCGAGCCGAUGUGGCCAUCAAGCUCAAGUUCUUGGAAGAGAACAAGAUCAAGGUGAUGCACAAGCAGCUCCUGCUCUUUCACAACGCCAUUUCUGCCUACUUCGCUGGGAACCAGCAGCAGUUGGAGCAGACUCUCAAGCAGUUCAACAUCAAGCUGAAGACCCCUGGUGCUGAGAAGCCCUCCUGGCUGGAGGAGCAGUGAGCCCCCCAGCCUGCCCCACCUUGUGCCCCAGCCGGGGAAGCCAUGGACCAUAACUGGGACCUCUGACUGCUGGUGUAGGGCCAGACCACAAUCACGAGUGGUGAGCUGGGGAUGCAGCCUCGGCCCUGCUGCUGCGGGGGGCACUAAUGGGGCAGGGACCCGGUUAGGGGCAGGUGGAGCUCUGAGUGGGUCACUCCCCCAGCCCGUUGGAGUCCCAUCCUGCCCAGCCCUGUUCUCCCUCCCCAGCGCUGACCCCUUGGUGGGAUGGUGGAUGCCUUCCCAGGACCCCGUAGGGCCAGACACUCCCCUCCUCAGGCUGGGCUGCUCAGACCCCACCAGGCACCUUUGUGGGACAGGGUGGGAUGUGCCACAGCCCCCCACUGUCUCCCCAUGGUGCAGCAGGGUACGUAGUUCCACGUGUCCCAGCUGCUUUCCCUGAGCCAGGCUUCGCAGGGCUGGGCAGGACGUGCCACCACCUCUGGCAAAAAAAAUGUAUAUUUUGAAAUGAAGACAAAGCUGCACAGGGGUGGCCCUGGGGCUGCUGGGUCCCCUCCUGGACCCUGAGAGGGGUGGAUGAGGUCCCAGCCCUGGUGCAGCUGGUGCCCGGGGCUCCUGUCUGCUCCUUGCCCCAGACCUGCCCCGUCCCCUCUGGCUGAUCCCUGGUGCUCCCAGGCAGCUGCUCUCGCACUCCCCCAGCCUGGCUGGUGCCCCCAUCCCCACACUACACUCCCUUUGGCGAUGGGGUGGUUGUGCCUGGCUGUCUCCCAGGCCGCAGCUCCCAUCCCCUGGCCGGGGCUUUGCCAGCUCCCACGGGUGGACGCAGGAGGGUUUGGCCGCGGCCCUUGGGCUGAGGGCUGCUUUCCCCAGGGCGCUGUGCUCCCAACCCUGGAGGCAGGUGGGCAGCCCCACUCCCUGAGCACCCACAGGCACCUCGAGGGGUGGUGGGGACUCAAACCAAGGACCAAAGGGUGGCUGCAUCCCAGGGACGGUGCAUGUGCGUGUCCGUGUGCGCUGCGGCUGCGGCUGCGUCUCCGCGUGUGGCAGCGCUGGGGCCCUGCCCGGUAUCCCAGCGUGGGGACAAGCUCAUCCUGCUCCAGCUGAGUGUUGCUUCGAGCCCCGGCCACGUGCAGCACUUGGGCACUUUCUCCCGAGACAAGACGGUUUGUUUUUCUUGCUAAUUUAAUUCCUGGUAAUUUAAUGUCUGGAUCUGACAACCUCCCCCCCCCCCUUUCCUGGUGAAGG